GAUGCAGCAGACACGCACACACACAUACACACCAACACAGCUCCCACAUACACACCCAAACAACCCACCUCUACCCACAGGAACGCAUACACGCUCAACAGCUUCCAUCGUGUUGGUUGCAAGCUACCAGCGAACUAACAUAAGCAAACAGCUAAUUGAAUCAGUCCGUAGCAUUCACAUCCUAGUGUUCCAGUCUGUUCCACCCACAGGAAAGGGAGGGGGAGGGAAUUCUGUCUGUGUUGCUGGGGUGGUGAUGCCCGGUUUCACUAAGCCAAUCUCAGGGGGUGGAUCUGACACACUAAGGAAUCCUUGCUCCAUGCAGCAGGGUCAUGUGACCAAUCAAGGUAUACGUACCACUGCUAACUGAUCAUAUUUCUCUGUUUGUCUCAUCCCACCUGAUCACUCUUCACACUCAUUUGUGUGUCAUGUGCGUUUCUAUGGCUCUUUUGUGUGUUUUGUUUGUGUACCUGUAUUUGCAUCCUCUUUCUGUGUUUCUGUGUGCACGUGUGCUUGUGUUUCUGUGUGCACGUGUGCUUGUGUUUCUGUGUGCACGUGUGCUUGUGUUUCUGUGUGCACGUGUGCUUGUGUUUCUGUGUGCACGUGUGCUUGUGUUUCUGUGUGCUUGUGUUUCUGUGUGCACGUGUGCUUGUGUUUCUGUGUGCACGUGUGCUUGUGUUUCUGUGUGCACGUGUGCUUGUGUUUCUGUGUGCACGUGUGCUUGUGUUUCUGUGUGCACGUGUGCUUGUGUUUCUGUGUGCACGUGUGCUUGUGUUUCUGUGUGCACGUGUGCUUGUGUUUCUGUGUGCACGUGUGCUUGUGUUUCCGUGUGCACGUGUGCUUGUGUUUCUGUGUGCUUGUGUGGCCCUUUCUCUUUCCUUUUGCUUUGCCUCACCCGUACCCAUGGUGCCCCCCUGCCUUCUGACCUCGCCUCGCCGCGCUCCGCACUACGCCCCGCCAGGCUUGAGCCAGAGAUCCUGCUCCGCGCCAAGCAGGAGUUCAUGAAAAUCGACAGUGAUGCCGACCUGGAGUUGAUGAAUCAGGAGGGUGGUGUGGACAGGACCGAUGAUGGCUGGAUGAAGGAGAGAGUAUUACCAAUGGAACGAGAGUACCAGCGUGUGUCAAUAUCAGGGGAGGAGAAGUGUGGGGUGCCCUUCACAGACCUGGUGGAUGCAGCUAAGUGUGUGGUGAAGGCCCUGUUCAUCAGGGAGAAGUACAUCGCUCUGUCCAUGCAGAACUUCUGUAAGACCACUGCCCGUGAGCUGGGGGAGCUGGGAGAGAAGCCCCUGGACCUACGCAUCUAUGAGGAGAUCCCUGAGACCCCCGUUGAUGCAGAUGCUCCAGUCCACCCCCCUGUCUCAGAGACUCACCCCUAUGAAAACCAGGUCACCAAGAACAUGCCUGCAGACACAGGGUACAGCUGUAAGAUGGUGGAUGGGGUCAUGCAUGUCUACACCAAGAAGAGCCCCAUGGAGAAGAGUACAGAGUUGGACCUGCCUUACCCAGACUUGAAGGAGUACAUCGCUGACAUGAAUGUCAUGAUGGCUCUCAUCAUCAACGGACCAGUGAAGUCGUUCUGCUACCGCCGGCUGCAGUACCUCAGUUCUAAGUUCCAGAUGCACAUUCUGCUGAACGAGAUGAAGGAGUUGGCAGCCCAGAAGCAGGUUCCUCACCGCGACUUUUACAACAUUCGCAAGGUGGACACCCACAUCCACGCUUCAUCCUGUAUGAACCAGAAGCACCUUCUGCGCUUUAUCAAGCGGGCCAUGAAGAAGUACCCUGGGGAGAUAGUCCACAUGGAGCACGGGCGGGGACAGACCCUCAUGGAGGUGUUUGAGAACAUGAACCUGACCGCCUUCGACCUGAGUGUGGACACACUGGACAUGCACGCGGACCGCAACACGUUCCAUCGCUUCGACAAGUUCAACGCCAAAUACAACCCCAUCGGAGAAUCCAUCCUGAGAGAGAUCUUCAUCAAGACAGACAACCACAUCGAGGGCAAAUACUUUGGCCACAUGAUCAAGGAGGUGAUGGCUGACCUAGAGGAGAGUAAGUACCAGAACGUGGAGCUGCGUCUGUCCAUCUACGGCCGCUCCCGGGACGAGUGGGACAAGCUGGCCCAGUGGGCCGUCAAACACCAAGUCUACUCUGACAACGUGCGCUGGCUCAUCCAAGUGCCCCGCCUCUUUGAUGUGUACCGAACCAAGAAGCAGCUGGCUAACUUCCAGGAGAUGAUGGAGAACAUCUUUAUGCCUCUGUUUGAGGUCACCAUCAACCCCCGCAGCCACCCUGAGCUGCACCUCUUCCUGCAGCACGUGGUGGGCUUUGACAGCGUGGAUGACGAGUCCAAGCCGGAGCACCACAUCUUCAACAUGGACAGCCCCCUGCCAGCCGACUGGACAGAGGAGGACAACCCUCCCUACUCCUACUACCUCUACUACACCUACGCCAACAUGACCGUGCUCAACCAUCUGCGCAGGAGGUGUGGUUUCCACACGUUGGUGCUGCGCCCUCAUUGCGGGGAGGCGGGGCCUGUCCACCACCUGGUGUCUGGUUUCAUUCUGUCAGAGAACAUCUCCCAUGGGCUGCUGCUCAGGAAGGCCCCAGUGCUGCAGUACCUCUACUACCUGGCUCAGAUUGGCAUCGCCAUGUCCCCCCUGAGCAACAACAGCCUGUUCCUCAGCUACCACCGCAACCCCCUGCCUGAAUAUCUGGCCAGAGGCCUCAUGGUCUCUCUGUCCACUGACGACCCCCUACAGUUCCACUUCACCAAGGAGCCCCUGAUGGAGGAGUACAGCAUCGCCACACAGGUGUGGAAGCUGAGCUCCUGUGACAUGUGUGAGCUGGCCAGGAACAGUGUCCUCAUGAGUGGCUUCUCCCACAAGGCAAAGAGCUACUGGCUGGGGCCCAAAUACAGCAAGGAGGGCCCUGAGAGCAACGACAUCCGUCGCACCAACGUCCCGGACAUCCGCGUGGCAUACCGCAGUGAGACCCUGCUGGAAGAGCUCAACCUCAUCACCCACGCUGUGCACACCAAGGAGCUGGACAACAUCGAUGAGGAAGACACCCUCUCCAUGGCCCCCGUUGGGGCAGAAGGACACUAAAUCAACAACCCCACCCCGACUUCUAACCCCCCCAGCCCCUCCCUGCAUGACACUGAGGGGGUGCAGUAUGAGUGGACUCCAGCUUGUUGUUUAACCUCUACCUCUUACCCCCUUAUCCCCCUCCCACUAGGGAAUUGGACUGUGCACUCGUCGCUCAGCUCUCUUGUACUAAAGCCAAGGAUACAAUGCUCCCUGAGUGGCCCCAUUUCUCUGUUGGUGAUGGGGGUGGUCAGUAUGGACUCAUGUUCCAGUCCCCCCUUCUCCCUCAACCCAGGUUCCCUCUUCAACUCUCUCUGUUGGUGAUGGGGUGGUCAGUAUGGACUCAUGUUCCAGUCCCACCUUCUCCCUCAACCCAGGUUCCCUCUUCAACUCUCUCUGUUGGUGAUGGGGGUGGUCAGUAUGGACUCAUGUUCCAGUCCCCCCUUCUCCCUCAACCCAGGUUUCCUCUUCAACUCUCUCUGUUGGUGAUGGGGUGGUCAGUAUGGACUCAUGUUCCAGUCCCACCUUCUCCCUCAACCCAGGUUCCCUCUUCAACUCUCUCUGUUGGUGAUGGGGGUGGUCAGUAUGGACUCAUGUUCCAGUCCCACCUUCUCCCUCAACCCAGGUUUCCUCUUCAACUCUCUCUGUUGGUGAUGGGGGUGGUCAGUAUGGACUCAUGUUCCAGUCCCACCUUCUCCCUCAACCCAGGUUCCCUCUUCAACUCUCUCUGUUGGUGAUGGGGUGGUCAGUAUGGACUCAUGUUCCAGUCCCACCUUCUCCCUCAACCCAGGUUCCCUCUUCAACUCUCUCUGUUGGUGAUGGGGUGGUCAGUAUGGACUCAUGUUCCAGUCCCACCUUCUCCCUCAACCCAGGUUCCCUCUUCAACUCUCUCUGUUGGUGAUGGGGGUGGUCAGUAUGGACUCAUGUUCCAGUCCCACCUUCUCCCUCAACCCAGGUUCCCUCUUCAACUCUCUCUGUUGGUGAUGGGGGUGGUCAGUAUGGACUCAUGUUCCAGUCCCCCCUUCUCCCUCAACCCAGGUUUCCUCUUCAACUCUCUCUGUUGGUGAUGGGGGUGGUCAGUAUGGACUCAUGUUCCAGUCCCACCUUCUCCCUCAACCCAGGUUCCCUCUUCAACUCUCUCUGUUGGUGAUGGGGUGGUCAGUAUGGACUCAUGUUCCAGUCCCACCUUCUCCCUCAACCCAGGUUCCCUCUUCAACUCUCUCUGUUGGUGAUGGGGGUGGUCAGUAUGGACUCAUGUUCCAGUCCCCCCUUCUCCCUCAACCCAGGUUCCCUCUUCAACUCUCUCUGGGUAGCCCAUGUUUUUCCUCUCUACUUCUUUUGACUCCUCCCUAUCUCUCUAAUGCUCACUGUGAGAUUUCAAUCAGCACGGCCAAGGUUGGCAGGGGGAUACAUCCAGUGCUUGGAUUAUUUUCUAAUACACAUAUGGGAGGAGAGAGACUGUAGCCUGAAGUCUUUUUUUUUCACCUCAUCUGUUCUUCGAUCAGUUCCUGGUUCACUUUCUCUGUCACUUUGAUCUCCUGACCCUUCAAACCAAUACUUCUGCCCUUUGCUUUGUCAUGUGACCCUGCAUGAGAAAAAUGGUCACACAGUUCAGCCUGUGAUUUGUUGGCAUGUUUGUACCCAUCACCUAAAUUACACACACACACACACACACACACACACACACACACACACACACACACACACUGCACAGUUUAGCCGUCCUGAAAACUGCUCCUCUUCCAUCACACAGUCGUGCUGCCUGAAGCUCAUCUAGUUUAAUAUCUUCACAAUGAAGUAGGGAAGCAGAUACAACUUAACAUAAAUAUUAUGAGGGUGUUUGUUGUCCAUGGGUCGCCUAACCUACACAACAUGGACACACCUAAACAAUGCAUAGGUGAAUGUUCCACCCCACAUUGUUCCGACACCCGUUGCGCACUGAUAGGAACAGUCACAUGUAACUUAAAGUUUCAUGGAAACCGCGGUAACAAACUUCUAAUGUAUGGACGUACUGAGUUAAGAAAAAUGGAGAAAGGACCAAAUCUGUGUGGCCUAGAAGCAGAAGUCGUGUACAAUUCCAGUCUGUCUGCUGCUGGGUAUCUGAUGGCUUUCAUCCUUCUCUGUGCUUCUGGAAGGUUGUAGGGAUUUAUUGGCUAAAUGAGACCUCUCGGCCGGUCUCCCUGAUCUAAGUCAGCUCUGAAUGAAAUAGCAGGAAGGACAUUCAGCAGAGAAACGGCAGCAGCCAUCAGGGCAUGGAGCUGUGUACCUGACUGGUCUAGUGCAAACAUUCCAUUAAAUUAAUAUUAAUAUCAAUGUUAUUUUUAUUUAACAAGUCACAUUAGUUAUAGAAUAUGCAGACAAAAAGAGUAGAUUUAUACUAUUCCAUGAUGUGUACAAUAUACUAAAUAUCUAAAAAGGAUAUAGAUACAUGUGUGUAUAUCUAAAGAAGAGGUACAUGUCUGUGUAUAUCUAAAGAAAAUAUAUCAGUCUGGUAGUGGAUGCUUAGAGGUGUGUAUGAUAAGAGAUGUUAAACCACAGCUUUGUUUUCCAAGCACAAGUCAAGAAGAAUGUCAGGGAGGCUCCCCUGUCCCCUUACAAUUACCUCAACACUCAGUGUGUGUGUGUGUGUGUCGCUCCCACACCCCUUGGAGACCAGGACAGACCCCGGGGACUGACCUCUGGGCCCACUAUGUUAGUUAUUGCAUGCAGUGCCCUGUAUGCACCAAACCAGACAGGUGAAGGCCUUACCACUGCUAGCCUGUCACUCUCCGUUUUCAUGCCCUGCUGCAACGCCUCACUCCUCAUCAACCAUAACACCUUUCCUCUUCAAGCUUAAGCAUUUUUGCUGUCCUAACAUCAAGGAACUGAUACCAGGCUGCGUGCUGUAUGUUAAAGUACUUUAUCCUUUAUCUACCCAGGCCUUCCAGUGAAGUGGAAGAAGCGUUUUUAACAAUGCUCUGCUUUGCCUGCAUUUCCACCGUGCAUCUGAUGUUGUGCAUGUCUGCAUGGACCACUGUGUGGCCACGGGAGUGUCUGGGAAGCUGGUUAAAGUGCUCUGUAAUGUGAAAAAGCAACACAUGACAAUCCAAGGAAGUUGAACAACUUAUGUAUGAAGUAUGUGUGCAGUCAAUGAUUGUUGUUAGUUUGAGUUCUGCAAAACAAACUCAAAUCCAGCUCAUCACUAUGGCAACGCUCAAACGAUGGGGAGACAAAGUUGCUUGGUUGUUAUCAGCAUCAAAUGAACUCACCCCCAUCAGUCAUGGUUUUCGUGGUCACCAAAACAGAUGUGAUCUGUACCAUAGAGAUCCUAUUGUAAUUCCUAAUUCUAUGUUCUGUAAAUUCACCCCCAUCUCACCCAACGAGCCUUUUCCUCAUCGGACCUCUUCUGUGAUUCAAACUGUGGGAGUUCUAUUUGUACAGUCCUAUUAUUUGCCAAGACUGUUAACUACUGGGCCCUAGUUGUAAAAUGUUCACCACGCAUUGCAUACCAUUACCUACCAGCCCAUUUUAAAAACCUAAGUGUGACAAAAGCCACACAAAAUAUAUGAGUAAAUGUUUGAGAAACCAGAUAAUUUAGGACAAGCUGAACAUGGGGAUGGAUUUAAUAUAUAAAGUGUAUUUUUUUAAAGGCUAUGGAAAUAAAAGGUUUAUAUAAACAGUAUAUCAAUAUCUAGAUCACAAACUUGAAGUUUCGUUGCUGUAGAUCAUUUUAAACUGCCCUUGUUUAAGCAGAAAGAUGUAUUUUGUCAUAUUAUUAUUGGCCUAGUCUUUCACUAGAUUUACAAUGGGACUCAAUAUUUCCAUGUAUAUUCUUUUAUUAUUUAGUAUUUGAAUCGUUUUUCUGGUGUUCUUGUUGUGUUAGGACUGUUGAAGUGUUCCAUGUAGCUCUCCCUCAGUAGAGUAUUGAGUGAUGUUGAUCAAGUUAACUAGGGUUAUUUGGAGUUGCCUUCAUCAAUGGUAGGACCCAGAGCCAUAAUGGGUAAGUGCCCAGAGCCAUGGGUAAGUGCCCAGAGCCAUGCCUAUGUAAUCUGGCUGUACAUUCACACCUAAACACCCACUCAAACACUGUAAUCCUUCCCACAGACAUACAGCCAUAGACUGGAACACUGUUUCUCUUUGAUUGAUCCAAAGAGGCUUUAAAAAACAAGCAACCGUUUAGUACAACUUUUGAUUUGAUUCUUUGAAAUUGUAUUUUGCAGGGAAUUAGAGGAUGCAUGUAUGAUUUGAAGGGUUUGUGUCUCCUCAUGUGGAGUAGGAUGUGUGUAGUUACUUGAUAAACGAUCAGACAUCCAUGUUUAGAUCCAGGUGUGGCUCACUGAGGGACCCAACAACUUCGUUGACCUUUACCUUUUCAUUUCCGUCUGUUCAUUUCAGAUUGUCCAUCAGAGUUCACAGAUGUGUUCUUUCAAAACCUCACAAACUCCUGUUGUUGGUCUCCAUCUGUAAAAUGAGUUUAGUUUCUUUGCUUGUUUAUAAACUACAAUGCUAGCGAACCUGUUGGUUCUACUGGUACCAUAGACCACACUUUAUCAAGCUUCACUAAGGACUGAAAUAUGUAUUUCUGUUCCAAUCGAAAGAGCACACAAACAAAGUUGGAAGAAAUAAGUAAAAUGCUGUUUGUUUUCUUGCACUGUGUUCAGUAGUGCAAAGAGUCUUGGGCAGUAGUGAUAUACCGUGUGUUGUCAUCACAGAACACAAACCAAUUAAUCAGUCAAUUAUCACUUCGAGUUUUGUUUUUUGUUCAUUUGAUUUUCUCAUUGCAAAAUCACAUAGUAUUCUUUUCACUUCAUUAUGUUUAAUACAAAGAGUUUGUUGACUUGUUUUGUGCCUCCAUUCAUUCAUUCAUUGUUUGUUUUAGACAUUUGAAUGUUUUUCCAUGAAAGGUCUAUUGUAGUCACUAUCAUGACUUUAAAUGAAUGCCAAUGUUUUACAUUUACUCAAAUGCUUCUGAUAUGGUACAUGUGUAACGUUGAAAAAUGAAAUAAAGCAUGUUUAUUCAUCUAA